CGCUCGUUCACUCGUCCACUUCCUGUGAGGAACAGACGCAGGAACAACAGCUGAGAGACGCCUGAGCGAACCCUUGAGCACGGCCGAGACACAAGUUCUUCCUGCUGGUUGCUUCUCUCCGUGAGCUGCAGGUCACCUGGCGGCAAAUACAGGACUGAAACUUCAUCAAUAUAUGAAAAAGAAUCAAUAAAUCAUUCUGAAACGUUUAUAAGUUGAUUACCAACCCAUUCUUUACCCAGAGGAGGAUGAGAUGAGACGAGACGAGACGAGACGAGACGGAAAAGAUCUGUUUCUUCACGCAGGAACACUGACAGAGUUUCUCACCUCAGGAUGAUCUCAGGUAUUGUCAAAGCUGUCGUUCUUCUUCUUCUUGUGAGCAGCGUCUCGUCAUCCUGCAGCUGCUCGAGGUCUCCAUCAUUAGGUCUGAGCGUGAACUGCAGCUCACAAGAUCUCUACCAUAUUCCUGAUUUCCCAUCAAACACCACUGAGCUCUAUCUGCAGCACAACCGACUGGCCACGGUUCCUCCAGGGUUCUUUGACAAGUUCUCAAAGCUCCGUGUGGUGGAUCUGUCAGAGAAUCCUUUCCACUGCAGCUGUGAUGUUCAGUACCUGAGAUCCUGGCUGCUGAGGAACCGAGACCUGACGGCCGGAAGUCCACCGACGUGUUCUUCUCCGGUGUCUCGAGCGCACAGAGCCAUCAUUAGCCUGGGAGAGACCGAGUUCUCAUCAUGCAUGAAGAAGAGCUGUUCAGGUACAGUUUCUAACCUGGUGUUAGUGUUCCUACUGUGUGGAGUUCUGGGACUGUUGGUGUGGAGCCUCUGUCUGGCCAAAGGGCUGGGGGUCACUCUGGGCAUCGGAGAGAAACACGGGAGCUUCCAUACCGAAUCUCUGCGCUCGCUCAAACCCAAACACAGAGCCACGGUCAAGUACUUAUCACAGUGGAGUGAGGAUCUGGAGACACCUCUCCUCAACAUGGACAUCCUCCCACAGAUCCUCGACACGCUCCACAAACAUCACAAUAUCAAGAUCAAAGACUCCUGAACCAGAACUUCUCAUUCUGCUCACCUUUAACUGAGAUUUCUGUGUUGCUCCGUGGAGCAAAAUUGUUUUUUAAAGAAUUACUUUUUAAAAUGUAGAGAAAAAAAAAUUAGUAAAAAAGAAAAAACUGCAGUUUGGAGAAAACUUAAUGUUUUAUCCAGAUUUUUUAAUUUUCUGAAACUAAACACAUGAAUACAUUUUUAACAUCACAAUUACUCCUGUUUCUCAUUUCUUUUUUUAUUAAAUUAUAAAUAAAAUUUGUGAAAUGGGACUUUAUUUUUUUGGUCCGGAUUUAAUAAAAAAAAAAAACAAAGUCUAAUUAUUAAUGCUAAUGAUAAAAUUCAAUCUUUUCUUUUGAACACUUUAACAUUUUGUUUUUUGUGUAAAAUUUUUCAUAAUUUUAACAUUUGAUUAUUUUAUUAUGAAUUAUUUAAAGCUUCAGGUGAAAUGUUGCUGAUUAUAACUUUAAAAAUUUUUUUUAUUUUUAUAUUUUUUUACAAUUACAAUUUUCGUGCAAAUGUUUGUAUCACUGUGUUUAUGGAAUUAUUGAAAAAAAAAAGUAAAUGCUCCCCAGGAUUAUAUUUAUUUCUCCCAAUAAUUGAUUGAAAUUUUAUUGUUGAGUAAAUUCUUUAGAGAUUUUGCAGAAUUUAACCUUCAACAAAUAAAAAGAAUCUGAGUUUA